AUGCCUCCAGUCACCUACGAUCACUGUGAAUCGCUAUCGUUCGUAUGUCCAAGAACAGGUUGCGGAAAUCACAUUAAUAUUAGGAAAGCCAUCGACAAUCAGGAGUCAGGGUUGCGCUUGUCGUUAGAAACAUGUGAGAAGUGCGAUGUGGAAUUGGCGCACUACAUUCCCUACAUCUGCAACCGACUUAGCAUCUCGUUAAGAGAGUUUGUCGCAAAACACCUCAUAGCUCCUUUCAAAUGCGAUGACCCCGUCUGUGAGUUCAGCACAAGGACACAUCUGUUAAGAUGGUGUCGCGAAGGGUUGGAGUGUCCAAAGUGCUCUGGCGGAGUUCUGCGAAAAGGAAUGUUCCAGUACUCUGCGAAGGACUUGUUCGAUCAGCAAAUGUUUUUGAAGCAAGUCGUUGAUGUGCAAACAGCACUGGAUGAAUUGAAGCCCGAACAAAGAAGAAUUCUCCAGUCCAAGUCCAGCUUUCCAUCUGUGAUGUCUCUUUACAACGAAUUAUCAGCAAUAAUCACUCGAUAUCUGGACAAGAAUGCAUACAGCAAAGUCGAUCUCGCUUUUAUCUUUGCACCAAUGUUGAAAAUAGAGUAG